CUUAAAUAUUGAUGUGCUCUGAGCUCAAGAUAUAGAUGAAUCACAAAGGCAGCAUUUGACUGCUUCAGAUCGCUGCUCGUCCCCGCGAAAGCAUUUUGUGACAAGAAUCAGGGAUGGCUAAUACACGUCUCGUUGCCAUUUUGUGCACGUUGUUGCUAUUGCAAGAAUUCGGCCAGGCGACACGUCCUGGUCACGUGUGCUCCUCGGAUAACAAGGAGUUGCGUGUCAACAACUAUGAGGACCUUGAUGUGGACGACGACGAGGAAAACGAGUAUGACGGCAGUGCGGAUGGCGAGGACAGCGGAAAGAAUAACAUCGCUCAACACUACAAGCAGAGUCCAGCACUCCACAUAGCAGGGAGAGCUAGAUUUAUCUCGCCGAAGCUGAUUUUCAAGGGAUUCAAGAUCUUCUCGAAAUUCACAAAUUUUGUGGUUUCAUUUGUUAGUUUAACAGCUGCCGUCUAUAGAGCUAUUGAAGGAUGCUGUGGAGACCUGGAGUUCCCAGAGGCAUGCACAUUCAAAGAGAAGUUCGAAGCCGGAAAGAACAGGGUUAAAAAAGAUAGCAAAACGGCUGAGGAAUUACAGAAUAAAGGGGAACUGGACCAAAUAUGGGUUCGUUCCAACAUCGAGGAAUAUGAACGUAUAACUAAACGAUUGAAGGCGAUCAGUAACAAGCAGGAGAUGUUAGUUAAAGAUAUUAGCCCGAACGUCAAAGUUGCAAUGAAAAAUGCGAGCGCGGAUAUCAAGUACCUGAUGAAGGAAGAGGUGAAUAAGACCGUGAAUGGAGUCAAGGCUCAAGGCAUGCUGAACAUGUACAAUUCAAAAGUAGAGAAUGCUAUCAACAUUGCAUUUCCCGCCAUAGCGCUCGCUUUUCCUGCCGGGGUCAAGAUCUUCAACUACGCCAAGGAAAGAUUUAGCCCCAGGAAAUUACAAGAUCUUGCCGCUUUAGAUAACGUUGACCUUGAGUUACCUUCUACUUCGGCUACUUCCAAAAAGUCCAACAAGAUCGCUAAGUUUUAUGGGAAAUUUAAAGGCAAGAUAGCUGCUGCUAAACAGAAGCUGAAGGUUCGGUAUGAAAAGGCCUUUACCGUCGCCAAAAGGUUCAAAGCAGGAUUAGAGUUGGCUUUUGGGUUUGCGUCAGCUGGUCUGCAGGCAUUCUACUUAAUCAAGGAGCGUAAGAAGUGUAAGGAGAUGGCGGAACAGGCUGAAGCUGCUUACAAAAACGUGACUUUAGCCGAACAGAAGAUCAAAGCUAACCUAAACGACAUCAGAGAUCAUCUCCGAAUCAUGGAAGAAGCUUGGAAUUACGUGCGCGGCAACAUGAGUGAUCAAACUUUCUUGGAUUCUUUGACGGACGUCAAGAAGCUGACAGAUGAUUUGGCCAAGACAAAUACCGAGAUGACUGGUGUAAGCACUUCUAUAGAUAACUUCGUGUCGAAUAUUGAGACUUCUGAUGGCUAUAACCAGACGUUCGACCUCGCUAAAGACUUGGCCACAAAUCUGCUCAACCUACAAAGCAAACACACGAUGAAGAGGCUCUUUCACGCUUUUGUGGCCAUCCUGUGCGUUCUCCUGCUUCUGCAAGAAUUCGGGCAGGCGCAUGGACCGGCCAGUAGAUCAUUAUCAAGGAAGGAAACGUCGGGGGAAGAUAGCGAGGGUGUUACGCCUGUAAAAGAUGACGUCAAAAACAAACCGGGCAGAGAGCCUGCUAAAGAAAAACUUUACAAAGCAGCUUUUACUGAAAGCAUAAUCAGCUUUUUAAGACCUCAGAAAACAAAAGAACAGUCGCCUGGAAAGAAAGGCUGGGCAGGCGCGCUUUUUAAAGGCUUCAAAAUUGGUGUUAAAGUUACCGAUUCACUGUUGACUGGCGUAGAGCUCUCUGCCGCUAUUUACCAUACAAUCAAGGGAUGCGCUGGGCCUCUAGGAGAACCCAAUCUUGAGACCUACCAGAGAGACUUCGAGACCGUAAGGGACGAAGUAAAAACUCUCAGCGAGCGGGCGGACAAACUGCAGCAGGAAGCUGAAAGAGAUCACCUAUGGGUGGAAAAGGUUGUUAAUCAGUUUAACCAGAUUGUGGACGGGCUCAUACGCAUUGAUAAAGAGCAAGAAAAUCUAAUUAAAGCCAUCCAUCCUAGCGUGCGAGAUGCCAUGCGCGACGGAAUAGCCGACAUCAAGACGAUAAUGAAAAAGAAUAACAACACUGCGAAUGGUGUGGUGUACACGGAGCUGCUGGAAGGCUACAACUCCGCGCUAGAGAACGCCCUGUCUAUCGGCGCCCCGGCAACAGCUCUCGCUUUUCCUGCGGCUCGUCGUCUGUACCAACUCGUAAAGAAGAGGCAAGCUGCCAGAAAAAUCAUGGAGAUUUCGGUUGCAGAGAAUGUCAAGAUUAAAGCCUCAUCUUCAAUGGACCGGAUAUACCAACAAACCAAGAUCGGGAGGUUUAUUGGCAGUUCUAAAGCAAGAAUCUCAAAUAUGAAGAGAAAUUUUAAGAGUCGUUUUGCAACCGCUUCGAAGCUGGCAGGUUAUUUCAAAAAAGGACUCAAAGCGGGAUUUGGUUUAGCCAGAACAGGCUUUGGGAUCUUUAUGAUGAUAAAAUCUCAAGAGCAUUGUGCGAAAGUUAGAGAGCAUGCGUAUGAGGCUCUGGGCGAGAUGACGAAGAGUCGAAACACCAUUAGCAGUCAGAUGGCGAAUAUUACCCGACAUCUUGAUAUCAUGGACAAGGCAUGGGGGUAUCUCAAGUCGAACAUAACCGAUGGCACCUUCCUGGAUUCCGUGUCUGAUGUGGGCGAGAUGGUUGACGACCUUAAGGAGAGAAGUGACGAUAUGAAGAAGGUCGCCACAGGAAUAAAGAACUUCGUCCGGGACAUAAAAGGGGCAACCAGCAACUACAAUCUGACCUUUGAACUUGCUAAAAAACUAAAAGAGGAUCUAAAAAGGGUUCCGUUUACAGUUAGUUGCUACUCGGCCAAAUACAGGAUUAUCAACAGGAUCAUCGCCGGCUGCAAGCAGGGCCAAGGAGGUAGAUCGUUUGACGAGUGGUACAACAAAGAGCAGAGUGGCUACGAAGACAAUGAGUAUGACCCAGAAAAUCCGGACAACUGCGUCGAUAAAGUCGGCUUCAGGUUCAUCCGUAAGCAAGAUGUGGAAAGCGCAUUGAUCGAUUCCGCGCAGAGAGACGGGUUCAGCACGAAUUGUAAACUCAACGAUAAGAAAUUGGUAGAGCUAGUUUGCUUUCAUAAGACUGAUGGAGGCUUGUCUAACGAGGUUAUCUAUACUCAAAUGUGGCGAGAUUCUAAACUAAAACAAGAAGAUAUCAAAGAGCUUGUGCAAAAGUGCACCCCGAGCACGAAGCAUCUGUCCGACAAACAGAAGCAAGAGAUUUGCUGGGAGCGGAAGACUAGAAGCAACCAAGAUAUUGCUAAGGAGGAGAGGUAUCAACUGCAAAAGGUUGAAGCCGUCACCUGUCCCUGGCCCCUAAUGAAAUUUCAGAAACGAAUGGUGUGCUUUUUCAGAGACAAACAGAAAAAAACCGACGCGUUUAUCGCGGACAAGUUGAAGGUCGAUGUCUCGCAAGUUGCUGCCGUCACUUGUCCCAGACCGAGUAAAGACUCAUCCAAGAAGCACAGGCGUCGAGGUUGAUGUCUGGUAGACGUUGAUAAUAAAAGCAAUUAAGGAAGGAAUAUCGAACGCAUGUCAAGGGCAUUGCUACUUAAAUAAAAUAACUGUUUCCACUCCUUGUGAAACAGAGAACUC